GAAGCUGCGGAGGGCUCCACCGUACGUGCUCUCCCUCCUAUUUGAGAUUGCGGCACGGCUUCUGAACGACCGUCCCUCUAGUCACGAGCGCGCAAACGCUGCUCCAGUGUCCCUCGGGAAGCCUAUCGCCUGUCCAUGCUCUCAGAAUCCUCGCCGCCCACCAGCCCGCUCUUUUCAAACCACAGUCGCUCCCACCCUAUGCCCCCUUACACUUCAUUCCGCGAUGCGCGACAGCGCGUCCGCGACUCCAUCAUGUCCGGGACCUCGUCCUCAAUCUAUCCGUUCUCCGUCUCUACCACUUCGGGGACAGAUUCGCCCCCCUCUCCACGCUCGCUGGUCGACCUUUUCCCAGACCACCGCAUCGCUUCGGUUGACCCCGACGAGUCAGGCGACGACUACAGGAGCUUCAACGUCGACGAUGUCUCCUAUCGCCUCCGUCUCCUCAUGAACAAUAGCUACUUUCUGCCGCCGGCACACUCGAAGCCGAAGCCCUCCGACCUCGCACCCAUGUCUGCAGCCCUGCCAAAGAAACAGAGCAAAUCCUCCGCGCCUGCAUUCUUCGACCUCUUCCGUGUUGGAAAGGCUCGAUCGAAGCCGGGAUCUCCGCUGGCGACGUCGGCGGAAGAUCGCACGCCUGUCCUCAGGACGACGUCCGAUUCCAUUACUGCUUCAGGGUGGACUGCACGUCCCCACGCAUACACGCUGCCGCACUCGCCUGCCUCGGCCCUCGUCCGGCCGCAGGAGCGUGUCACAAGGGUCGCCGUCGUCCGCGAAAAAAUGGACGAUCUCGUGGUCGCGGCCAGGCAGGCAGAGCAGGAGAUCAAGUCGCGUGGGGAAGGGCGCAGGUCGGGGGAGAUGCAGCGAGAUAAGGCGGACGUCAGCGACGACGUCAUCGAUCCGACCGACUCUGUAGACGUGCCGCCGCCCUCUGCUGAUUCUCCCUUCGCGGUCCAGGCGUCGAAUGUGCACGGAUUGGGCAUAGAGGACUCUGUAGGCGCGGCGCUCCUGGCCGAGCGCUUGCCUCCCGCGAGCCCGGGGAUCUGGUCCACCGACACCGACGACGACUGGCGCAAGGCACUUUUGCACGCAGCCGUGGGCCACUCGCUCAACUCCCCGGGCACAUCCUCCAUGCUUGCGUCGCCCGCUUUAUCGACGCCUCCUAGAUCCUCGACGGGUAGCGCCGAUCGGGCAUACAUUCAACCGGCAGUGACGGGCACGCCGAGGCGCAAUUUGGAGCAGAGGAUCGUUGAGCCAGAAGCCUUAGUUCAAGCCACCGGUACUGACAGCCGACCCUCUACGGCGGGCAGAAAUUCUCGCCGGCCUCCGAUCCCAAAGGAGGCCCGCUCUUUCCUGGCCCAAGGCAGAAACGACGUUCCAAGACGCGCGGAGACCCCGUCGGCCCCCGCUCACCCGCUUGCCCCUCCCCCACGCAAGCAGAUCAUCAACCCCAUCUACUCACUUUCUCAGUCGGAUUUACCCUACACGAGCGAGGAGCACAUUGGAGUGUCCAGCAGAUCUUCCUCCGCUUCGCGCGGGGUUCGCCAGGUGGUGUCCUCUCCUACGCUUCAUCAUUUGCACGAAAUGGGUCUCCGGGCGGGAAGAAGCGUAGUGAGCCCGCCGCUUCCAUCAUGGCACCCUUUGGGCGAAGACCGCAUUUCACCUCCGUCGAGAGAGCCACGUGCCUUACCCCAUACCAUGCAUCGUGUCAUCAACAGUUUGACGAGCGGGUCUCAUUACUCAAGCGACGAGCGCGAUGUCAUGUCUGAACAGAAGCAGUCUGAAGACGGCACUGUCCCGAGGACUUCUUUCGCGAGCACCUUGCCCAGUCGGCCUUCCCUGUCAGAGUACUCCCAACCUUCCCCUACCGUGUCCGCAUUUCAAGACGCUCUCUUUGAGUCUGAGCAUCUCCCUCCCCCCAUGCCACGCUAUGCAAUCAAUGUCACGACUGCGAUGAACAGUCCGUCAGCAUCCAGUGCAACCUCUGUCCAGCAAACGCUUCGUCAAGUCAACAUGAGCCCGCCUCCUCGCGCCUCUUCAUCCCUCAGCGCUACGAUCCUUUCUCCACCUCCACGUACCAUGUCGCAGCGCGCAAGGUCGCAGCUGUCCUCGUCUCCCCGUCCAUCGUUUACGUCGUCAGAUCCCGGGCACUCCGCGUACGCUUCUGCGCCUGAGUCUAUCGAGAUCCAUGCCCCGGAGCCCAUAACUCCUCCCUUUCCUACUCCUUCUCGACAGUUCCUUAUCGCGGAACGCCGGGGCAACACCAUCCCCACGACGUUGCACAUCCCGACGUCGCCGAUACCACAGUCAAUACGCAGCGCGCCACCCACCGACUCCUCGAUCGAUUUCUUCGACCACAUCCAGACGCACCCCAACGCGAUGGAUGAUCUAGACGACAGCUCGGAGUCGGAGUUUUCAGACGAUGGGAUCGCCGCGCCAUCGGUGUAUUCCAGCGCGCACGGGCAUACCGGCGUUGGCGUCGACACCGCCAACCUGAUGCCGCCGUUACCUGCACAGACGUCGAUCAUGCGGCUCGGCAACCAUUCGACGCCGUACGUCUCGUCCUCGGCCUCGUCGAUGGUGAACUCGCCCAUGCCUCGGUCUCCUGCGCGGACCUUCGACCUGGAGGAGCGGCGUCCGGUGGGGAACAUCCCACCACGCACGCCGUACUUCAAGCGGAUGAAGGGCGAGCAGGGCGUCUCGAACCUCGAUCUCCAUCAGCUCUCUCGUUCGGUGACCCCACCCCUACCCACCGCCUCGGCCGCUGUCCCGGCGAGGCCGUCCACGUCCGCUGCGACUACCUCCAAGCGCCCUGCGACGUCGCCAGGCAGGGCGUCUAGGAGCGAGCGAGAGACCGAGUCGUUGAAACGGCUCGAUGGGCUGUUGAUUCAGCACAUGGAGGCAGAGCGGGACAGGCUGAUCCGGAUCGCGAGGACAGCAAAGGUGACGGCACGGACGUGACGCUGUAGCGGGUCAGGUCUGGACAGAUUAAAUUGGCAACAGGUCCAACACACGACACACGCAGUUGACGCGCCCUGCCUGACCUGCCCGGCUUUGUAGAUUUUUAAGCAUUUAUAUUCCUUAUUAUUUCGUAUAUACCCCGCUCGUAUGAUCUUUCUGUUUCUCCUCCUCUCCAUCUUACCCUCGACUUUUGAAUCGUGCAUGUCCAGUAUCCCACUACCCCCAUGGCGCCGUUAAUGAACCCGCUUCUUCAUCU